UUCUUUGGCCCUCGCCCCAUAGUCGCGUGGACUGACCAAUCUUCAAAGCGACCGUCCGACCUCCCUCGUUUUGCUUCCAACGCGCAAUUCCCUCUCCCCACGCUUCCACUUCGUUUCCAAAUACCCUUCUUCUGAUUUCAAGCCGCGGCUGGAAAGGGGACUGGGGAAUCGUCCGACUGGUGAGAAAAGUCCUGGUGUUUACCAACGGCUUCGGUUUGUCGGAUUUUUUUUUCCCGAUUCGUUGAAUUCUCAGUCUCCGGAUCCAGGGAAAGAUUAAGGAUUCGGGUACGGGGCCUUGAGAUUUGUUCUGCGUUACGCCCUUGUAAAUCUUUUGCGAGAUGCGAGUCGUCAAUCUUCUGCGAGAAGUUUCAGAUUUUUGGAGUUGGAAUUGUGCCAAAGCAUAGGAGACGGCAUUGAGCUGUGUGGAAUUUCAUGGAUAAAAUAUGCUGUUUUCUUGCAGGUCCCUCGUUAACUGUCGGUAAAGGAAGAAACUCGAAAGGCCGCAGCACGAUUAGCUAUGGAUUUAGUCUGCUGAAAGGAGCAGCAGAUCAUCCUAUAGAGGAUUAUCAUGUAGCCAAAUUCAUUCAUACCAGAGAUCAGGAACUUGGUCUAUUUGCCAUCUUCGAUGGCCAUUUAGGAGAUAGUGUUCCAGCUUACUUGCAGGAGCAUUUAUUUACCAAUAUUCUGGAGGAGAAAGAGUUUUGGAACGAUCCUGAUACGGCCAUCAGAAGUGCCUACGAGAAGACUGACAAUGAGAUACUUUCUCACAGUCGUGAUUUGGGGCGAGGUGGAUCCACUGCAGUCACUGCAAUCCUUGUAAAUGGCACCAAAUUAUGGGUGGCUAAUGUUGGUGAUUCAAGAGCUGUUCUUGCAAGACGCGGAGAGGUCAUCCAAAUGUCAACUGAUCACGAUCCAAAUUCUGAACGAGAGAGUAUUGAGACAAGAGGUGGCUUUGUUUCUAACAUGCCAGGCGAUGUGGCGAGAGUUAAUGGACAAUUAGCCGUUUCCCGGGCAUUCGGGGACAAGAGCCUGAAGACACAACUAAGGUCAGACCCCGAUAUACGAGUCGAAGAUGCAAACUCUGAAACUGAACUGCUCAUCCUUGCGAGUGAUGGCCUCUGGAAGGUUAUGAGCAAUCAGGAGGCCGUUGAUCUGGCAAGAAAAGUCAAGAAUCCAUUGGCCGCAGCUCGGCGGUUGACUCUGGAAGCCUUCAAAAGGGAAAGUAAAGACGACAUAUCAUGCAUUGUCGUUCGUUUCAAAGCUUAGGUUUCACCCAAACAAGGCAGAGGAUGGCAUCAAAUACAACUCUAGCAAUCGCUUUGUGCAUCUGUAUUGGUUUCCCCUUUUGUACAGAUCACGAACUCCCCUAUUUGUGAAUUUCUUGCUAAAUAAUUUGUUCUGUAUGAAAACAUCACUAUUGAUUGGUCCGUCAAA